CGCCCAAUCACGACGCCUGCUGAACGGCCCGGCCGCCGCCCGUUUUCCUUUCUGCACGAACAAAACACACGCAAUCCCCUCAGCAGCAGACGUGGUCAUCAUCAGCCUGCAUUUUCGUCUUUUUUUUAAUCAAAAGCAGCCUUGAUUGACGUAGAGAAUUGCUUUAGUAGCACUCUCCACCCUCCCCAAUACUACUUCUUUACCGGCCGAAUUCACAGACACAUAAGCAAAGAAAAAGAAAGAAAAGAUGACUUCUGAAGACUCCAAGCCUACACGCCCCCGUGUCUUCUUCGACAUCAGCCUGGGAGGCAAGCCUGCUGGCCGCAUCGCCAUGGAGCUCUACUCUGAUCUCGUCCCCAAGACUGCCGAGAACUUCCGCAGCCUCUGCACUGGCGAGAAGGGCACCGGCAAGUCGGGCAAGCCUCUCCACUACAAGGGCUCCAUCUUCCAUCGUGUGAUUAAGCAGUUCAUGAUUCAGGGUGGUGACUUCACUGCUGGUGAUGGCACUGGUGGCGAAUCCAUCUACGGCGCCAAGUUUGAGGACGAGGCUUUCCCCAAGAAGCACGACCGCCCGUUCCUCUUGUCCAUGGCCAAUGCCGGAGCCAACACCAACGGCUCCCAAUUCUUCAUCACCACCGUGCCCACACCCCACCUCGACGGCAAGCACGUUGUCUUUGGCGAAGUCCUCAACGGCAAGUCUGUUGUCCGCCAGAUCGAGAACCUGCGCACCGCUGCCGGCGAUAAGCCCGAGAAGGAGGUCCUCAUUGCCGACUGCGGCGAGCUCACCGGCGACGAGGCCCUUGCCGCCGACACCAAGCAGCCCGACGCCACCGGCGACCCUUACGAGGACUUCCCCGAUGACUUCCCCGCCGAGCAGCAGCCCCUACCCGCCAAGAAGAUCCUCGAGAUCGCCGGUGCCUGCAAGGACUUUGGCAAUAAGGCCUUCAAGUCUGGCGAUCUGAACCUCGGCCUUGAAAAGUACGAGAAGGGCCUGCGAUACCUCAACGAAGACCCGGAUCUCGACGACGAGCCUGCCAGCACCAAGCCCGCCCUCGAUGCCCUCCGAUUCUCCCUCAACAACAACUCUGCCCUUCUCAGCAUGAAGCUCGAGAACUGGACAGACUGCAUUCGCAGCGCCACCUCGGCUCUUGCUGUCUCUGGCGUCGCCGACACCGACCGAGCCAAGGCCCUGUACCGCCGAGGCUUCGCCAACGUCCGUGUCAAGGAUGAGGAUGCCGCUGUUGCCGAUCUCGAGGCUGCUCACAAGCUUGCCCCUGCUGAUGGCCUCAUUGUCAAUGAGCUCAAUGCCGUCAAGGCCAAGGCUACUGCCCGCCUUGCUAAGGAAAAAGCUGCUUACAAGAAGUUCUUCCAGUAAGUCGGCAGUUGCCUAUGUAUAACGAAAAGAAAAGAAAAGAAAAGAAGAGAGAAAAAGUUUGGAACGACGAUAUGUAGAACAUCCGUAAAGACGAUGAGAAAACGCGUUUGUUUGUAUCUGCUGCAUGCCGGGUAUGUGAAUUAACUGUAGUUGGCUCAGACACGACAGACAGAAAAUAGGAACCAAAAAAAAGACAAAUAACAUAGCUUGCUGUAUACAGCGACGAUUUAAGUGAGAAUGGAACUACAGAACAAAAUGUUUUGAGUCAAGAUCAGGAGAUUGUAUUUGGGUAAUGGUAUUGUAGACGCUAUAAAAUGUGGUAUUGAAUCGCAACCAACUCCUCCAGUCCCUCCCUCCGCCAUCCUCAGCUCGUGCUGGUUUUAUAGAAAAGCAAAAGAAAAAGAGUAAACAAUCGUGACCGGAUAAAACCGUCAGACAAAAUGCGCGCGCUAUGAAGGUGUGUGUGUGUAUGUAGUAGUGGGUAAAAUAUAUUGAACGAAGUAGGAAGAAAAGGGGAAGCAAGCAGCCAGGCAGACUAGCGAUAUGUUUGGUCACGGCAGAGCAUUUAGCGGCUGCUUUUGGCAUCAGGGCUUUCAGAUCGACCGCCAAUCUUCAUGAUGCCGCUGAGCAGCGUCCUGCCCACCUUGCCGUUCUUGCUCUUUGGCGUGCCCGUCACACCGGGCAUACCGCGCGAGGAGCUUCCCUUACGGCCAUCACUGGCUUGGCGAGGAUCUCUGUUCCUGUUGGAUGCGUCUUCGGCCCCGUCACUACCGGAACUGCCUGCUGACUGGUACUGGUCGUAGUUGUGUGGAACUUCUCGGUUGGUGAAGGGUAUGUUGACCGGGUCGGCAAUCGUCGCAUCUUCCAAAGAAGUGACUACAUCGCAAGAGAUACCCUGUGCAGCAGCUUCGGCAGCACGGAGUCGUCGUACUUUGGCCAGGCAGGCAUCUGCCCGCUUCUGCAGACCAAGACAGAGAUCGUUGAAAAUAAGCAAAUCACCAUCCACUUGGCCCUUUUGGAGAGUAUCUUCUGGUCUAUAGUUGGACCAGAGCUUUACUAAAGCAGCAAAGCUUCUAGGAUGAUCGAUUAGAUACGGAAGGGUAGGGAAACCCUCCUUUGCCGUUGGGCUUAAUCUGCUCAUGACUGCCAACGGAGUACUGUAGUUGGCAGGUUGGGCCUUGAUGCCUCGCUCUGCAGGGAUACCGCAUACUUGAUCGAUGUAGUCGCGGAAGGCGGCUUUGUUGGUGGUUAGAAACCUGUUCAUCGGCUCCAUGUAUUCCUCACGCUUUCCAAAGGUCGACAGGUUGGAUAGCUUCUGUAGCACCUUGGCAAUAAGCGUCAAGGUACGCUGGGCCUUCUGCCUAGGGUGGUCGCGCAACAAGCCAAAGAGCUUGGGCGAAAGAAUUGCUGGACAGAUGAAUCUAAGGAAUAAAAAGCCAGAAACGGCAGUGUAUGUCGCAGAUCGGUGGAAGUCACCGUAUCUGUCUUCUGCCACCGCUCGGAUAUACUUGAGGAUAUGGCGGAGCUCUGCGGGGAUAUGAAGUGCAGAGUCAGCAAUGCAUCGCCACAUCUCAUUAGUGAGUCGAAGAAGGAGUGUCCAAUGCUGAUCAAUGUCACCAUUGCCUUGAUGGAUUUUGCUGGGAUCAACCUCGCAGUCGGGAUUCAGCUCAUUGAUCUCGAAAACCUUAUUUUGGAGAGUUUCCUCAAGAUACUCUUUACCCAGACGACGCAUAUGGAAUUCAAGGGAUUGAGUCAAGAGCGUAUUGCCGCGGAAGAGGAGGUUUGCUUCACCAGCAAGAGACUUGCUCAUAUCGCGCACAAUCAGCUCACGGUCACUUGCCGACUCAACAGAUUCAUUAGACUUGAGCCUGCUGCUGAAGCGAUACUUCUUCAUGGAUGUCUGGCUUCCUAUUCCAUCAAUCUCAUCUUCCACCAAAGCCAUGAGCCAGUCGCUGGCAGAACCGGAUGCUUGGAAGAUGUUGAGGAACAUCUCCGCCAAGUGGCGCAGUUGGGCAGGCAUCGCGGUAGAAAUCAGCGUCGUUAACCCAGUGGGAAAGCGGUGAAGGAUUUCUGAAAGGUCCGCGUAUUCUUUUGCUAGAAGGGCAACAUGCUCCUCGUGGCGUACUUUAAUAAGCAUUGAGCCAAUGACUUUGCGCUUCUCGUCAUGGAUUUCAAGCCACGCCUCAUGAUCUUUGCCUCGAUCUAGCUGAUCUAGAGCAAUAUUCACUGUUCCGCAGACAAACUCCUGGUUUCCGGCGGUUCUGUGUUGAGCUGCUGUGGUCUUUGGAUAGACAUAUUCCAUGUCGACUCGCUUCACCAAGACAGACAAUUCUUGAACCGACGGUGCCAGAUCGACGAUUUCGCAGUCUUCACGCCAAAAUGGAUUUUUGGUGUUGAAUUUGGUCGUUGUUCGGGCACGAACCUCACCAUCAACGAUGACCUCGGCCAAAUAGUUGCCAACCAGCGGGUCGUUUUCAAUCUUUCCAUGCUUCUCGGGGAAGAAGAAUUCUAGCCCAGUUGCCUUGGCUUUUAUUUUUGCCUCGAUAACUCGGACGCUAAGAAUCUUUUCCAUGCGGAAGAUUUCGCCACAAGUCUCAUUUGACAAGUCUGGAACUUCGAGCAACUCGUCGUCGUCUGGGUUGUUAAGCUGAUAAAUAUCUGGAGUUGCAAAUGCUCGCAGCAGCACAAACCAGACCUCGAACUGCAUUCGGUUCUCUAAAGCAAUGUAAACUGGGCGGUAAAUAGAGAUUCUGGAUGCUUUGGAGCAAUAUGUGGGGAAGACGGCGAUACAGAACUCUUCGUUCAAAACGGUUCGAUCGAGCUGCUGGAUGGCGUGGCGGGAAAGCUGGGCGAGAUCAAUCAUGCAUAGAGCAAUGACAUCAUUCUCAAGUAAUAGUGUGAACACACCAUUGUCUUGUAGAAUACAUGAUACGUUCUUCCAUGAUGCUGUCGGUGACCAGGCAUCCUUGGCUGAUGAGCGGAGGAAGUUGGUUCUUGGAACAGCUGCUAGGCCCUUAUCCCAGACCAUGAGCUUAUCGAAUUUGAUAAUGCUUGGCUGCUUCUCUGCUUCUAGCGUCUUGCCGUGUGUAACGACAUCGGAUCUACCCGGCCCAAUGGGAGUAGAGGGUUUUCCAUUUAGAAGCUUUAGGGGUGUAGGGCGAGUUUGUUGCCAGCACAAGAAGGCAGCGAACCACAUGUCAAACUCAUCCUGAUUUGGUGGGGUGAGUAGAAGGUUCAGGGUUGAGAGCAUCGGAGAUAGCUCCAGGCAUCGCUUGCCAGUCUCCGUAUGCUGCACGGCGAUAACACGACAUCCCCGAAUAUCCGAGAUAAUGGGGAUUAAAAAUUGGCCAUUUUGACCUGAGUCGAACAUCAGCGACCCCGUAUCCUCGUCGAUGUAAGCAAUGCCGGCAUACCAAGGACCACCCGCUUCUGACUGGUACUCGAUUUCGCCGCGCAUCUUGCCACAUGCCGUCUUCAUUAAAGAUAUGACGUUAUUUGGGUCAUCGGACGCCUUUGGAGGGCAUAGUGAAUCUGCAGUUGGAUACGCUGGUGACAGCGGCGAUGAGGGGCGGGAGGACAUUAUUGGUAGUAGGCGCUUGCUUGCCUUUCGAUCUUUUGCUGAGCUCGGGGUGGUCGGGGUAUCUAGCUGACGGGAGCCCAGUGAAGGGGCCUGGUAGCCAGCAGCAUCGAUCGAUAUCGGCGGCGGGCGUCUGUCAUCGCCAAAGUUUUGAGGGGGAGAGGAGCUAAAGCUUCCAACCCGAUGUCUGGGGUCAGAGCUGCCCACGCCUGCCGCUCGUUGUAUUCCGGCGGCAGCAUCCAGCGUUCGCGUGCGGGGCCGCGAGCCAGUACUUGCCUGCCGUUGCUGCUGGGCGGAGGUGCUAUUUUGCAAGGCGUCAGUCGGAUCGGUGAAGGAGUCGUUAAAGACGAUGCCUCUGCGGCGGCCGAUGCCACCAGGGACAGCUCGAGGGGAAGCCUGUUGCGGAGACACCCCGCGGGGUACCGGGGAGAGGGCCGGGUCUAGUGAGAGGUUGGCGGUUGGUAAACUCAGGGCCUCGGAGAUUUCGGAUGUUAUAUUGAGGGAAUCGAAUUGCGGAGGGGAGGUUCGGUUGGGAUUGGGAGAGCGAUCGGUGCGAGGACUUUGAGGAGCUGCGGGAGCGGUGGGAUGUGAAUCGUGACCAGCGCCCUCGCCGUCGGCAUGCUCCAGGUGCGCCGGCUGUCCUUUCAUAGUUUACUGUGUCGAAGCAUAAACUAUGCCAUUGCUUGCGAGAUAUUUAAAGAAAAGGACGAAACAUUUGUUGGCGGCAGUUGAGAUGCUUGGCCUUGAGGAGAAAUGAGCAGCCAGAGGCAGGCUUACUAUUCACCAAGACUGCGCUGGAGAGGGGUAUUUCGAGAGAAAGCUGAGGGAGAGGUGAACUAAGUCGGGACGGCGUGACGGGCGAAUCAAGAUUGUCGUCGUGCUCGUUUUUUGCGGCUUAAAACAUUCGGAUGCAAAAGUGUUGCUGGAAAAGAUACCUUUGUCGAGAGUGCGGUGUAAAAUUCAGCCGUUAGCGAGAAAGUGUAUGGCCCAGAGGUGGUGGUGUUUUUUUUGGUAGGAUUUAGCUUUUUGGAGGGGAAAUUCGCAAGCGGCGGGUUUUGGCUCAAUCGCUGCUGCUGCCUCUUUGCUGCUGCUGCUGUAGGCUAGUGGACUGCGGAGUGUACGAAUCGGGCGGUGGGGCAGGCAGCGAGCGAGGGAGGCAAAAAAAAAGAGGGUAGCAGUUUGGGGGUCUCUGGACUAGUGAAUGUUUAUAGUGGGUGACCACUGCCGGAGAGUGCAGAAAGCAAUGGGUCCCACUGGCUUGUCGACGUUUUAGCGCUAUUUUUUUAGUGGACGUUUCAAUUUGCGAGCGGGUGUUCAGAGGCGGUGCAGCGGGAUGUAGUCCGAAAGCGCUGGGAGAGGAGAGAGAGCUGGAGGAGCGACGGUCCGCAGAGCCAGGAAAAGAAAGAAGGGGAAGACGAGGUGGUAUGGGUGAGUGGAUGUAGUGGAUGGGUGGUUUGUUCUUCGAGGAGAACAGGCGAUGAGAUGAUGAUGAGGAGGAGGAAAGAAGAAGAAGAAGAAUGGAAAAAAGUGAAAGGGGAGAUACUAAUCACAGAUUCCUACC